AUGCCAACAAGUGCAAGCUCUCGGUGGCCCGAUUUUCACUUUGCCUCAUCGUUGUGGGCGAGAGGAGGCCCGCAGUCCAAGCAGGAUAACGCGAGCGCAUCCGCAUCCAGCCCCGGACCGCCAGCCCCAAAACAACCCAUCGCCUCUGCCAGGGACCAACACAAGCAGACCGACCCUUCGUCAGAUAAUCCCGAUUCCCUGGCGUCUACGAACAUGGCUGAGCUUGAGGACCCCCAGGCCCCCAUUCACGGCCUCAGUGGUUUUGAUAACACCUCCAUCUCUGGUGAGAUGGACCAGGACUUUGGUUCGCUUGAGAUCUUUGAUAGCAACCAAACCGACGCACCUUUUUCGUCGCAGGCAAACAGUGUAGCUUUCGAGAAUAACAAUCAAGUCCCCACUGCUGUCAUGUCAGCAGAAGCGCCAUCGUCACCCAGAUCGAAGAGGUCCAAACGCGGUACCGACGCCGACGCGAGCUCAUCCCGACGAGAUCAUAGCGAUCCUACAACUGACAGGGCGAGCCCCGGAAGCGACAAAGCAUCCUGGCGAUCGAAGCGAAAGCUCACAAGCCCAGAUGCCCCGAGGGGCAAGCGUCAGAAGAAGAACGGGUUGGCCGGAACCAAAGAAACCGACCAAUCUCACUCGACAGACGCGGUCAGCCCCGACGCUGAACAAUCUAAUUCAUCCAAGGCGGCAAAAUCAAGCGACCAGAGCGCAACUGGGAAGCCUGCCAAUGAGAGAGACCCCAUUGGUGCAGAAUACGACAUCGAGAAUUUGGACGUAGAGAACCUUGCCAAGGAAGCUUGGAAUGAGCACAUCAACGGCAAUGCGCGUCGAGAAUUGGUGGCAGCCAGCGAGAAGACACAUGCCCCGGAGAACGAUGUCGAGAUGGCGGAUGCCGGCGCCAAUGGCGCAGAACACAGCGAACCCCAGCCAGAGACGUCUGGGGAUCAGCCCCAGGAAUCUGACCCGACACCUCGCACGAGGCACUCAACACGGGGUAAGAAAGCGAAGCCGACCUACUUUGAGCAGCCUGUUCAGGAUGCCCCUGAUCAGGACGAGGAUGAAGAUGCAGGAGAGCUCCCAUCCCCUUCAGCAAUGACGCCUAAGCCACGACGUAGAGCGAAGGCUGCCGCAAAGAAGGUUACUCGCCCCAAGCCCAAGGCUAGGUCACCUGUGUCAGACGAGGAGGAUGUGUCCGACGAUGGCUCCCCUCCUCGGCGAAAUAGGAUGGCUGGUUUCAAGCAAGGCCGGUUCACAGAGGACGAACUGAGCCGCAUCAGUAGAGGUGUAGAAGCUUUCGGAAGGGAGAAUGACCUGACUCAACCACAAGUGAAUGAAAUGAUCCACGCAGCUGGAGGAACCACCGCCGGCGAAGCUCACGCUCAGCUAUGGGCACGUCUUUUUGCCGAAUGUCCCGACAGGCACCGACAGAAGAUAAUCAACAUCACUCGCAAAAAGUUUCAUAAUUUCGUAGCCCGUGGAACUUGGACGCCAGAGCAGGAGGCCGAGCUGCGAGAUCUUAUCCAAGUCCAUGGCACGAAAUGGUCACAAAUUGCUAGGAUCAUCAAUCGUCAUCCAGAGGAUAUCCGGGAUCGGUACCGGAACUACGUUGUGUGUGGAGAUGCACAGCGCAAGGACGCCUGGAACGAGGAGGAAGAGGGUCGGCUGGCACAGUAUGUCAUCGACGCCAUGCAGGCCAUCGACGACUUGCGGGCUAUGCAGCCCACUCGAGAGAUGUUAAGAAAGCCAUACGAGGAACUCAUUGAUUGGCAGAAUAUUAGCGAGCGCAUGGAAAGAACGCGUAGUCGACUUCAGUGCAUUACCAAGUGGAAAUCGAUGAACUUACGGAUCCAUAGCAAGGAUCAGCUUGCGUCGCUGCAACCUGAUGCUCGGAUCUCGUUCAACCUUGAGAAGGCCAGACGCCAAAUCAAGGCGAUGCCUGAAGCGGAACGUCACCGUUUAGUGCUCGCGAUCAAAAAUACGGCUGCUGGAACGGAGGCGAAGAUCCCAUGGCAAAAGCUUGUGGAUAAGGCAUUUAGAAACGAGUGGCACCGGGCAACACAGGUUCUCCUUUGGCAUCGAUUGAAGAAGACAGUCGAGAACUGGGAAACGAAGUCGGUUCGGGACGCUGCGCAGAACAUACUUGACCAGUUGAACCUCAACGGCGGCGAAUUACCCGACGUCGGAGGGGAUGGUUAUGAUGAUGCAGAAGAGAUGCGUGUCAUCCAAUCUUACCCUACACCUUCACAGACUAAGAAGGCAAACCAGGACCAGAAGACGUCACAUGUUGUCAGUGAGGAGUUUGUCACCAACUCGGACGAUGAAGGGGGGGCCAAGGAGACCGAGGGUCCGUCGUUGGAGGAAGCAGCCGAACUUGGCAAUGACGAUAUCCAGAUUGACCCCGCUCUCACUCAAGCCGUUGCUCUAGAGGGAGCACUGGCCGAGCCCAGCAAUGUGGAUAUGCCGGCGACCGUUGAUGAUGAGAGCUCUCUCCCCAAACGAACCCCCUCCAAGAUGGCGACCUAUGGCAAGAAGAAGGGGGCUGCCAAGCGCGGCCUCAUGCUCACUCAAGACCCGAUUGAGGAUGUUGAGGGAGAUGGUCUCGAUGUAGAGGACCAAACGAAUGGGGGGAUGAGGCCCAAAAAGACCCCGGUGCCCAGCAAGUUCAAGUCCCCAGGAGCGAAGGCCAACGAAGAUGAGCAGGUACAAAAUACCAGUCUGAUGUCUAGUGAUUUUGAGGAUAUGGAAGACCUACCAGCGCGAAUCUCGGCCGCCUAG